AACAUCUUAAAUAACCUUCAACACCGAGCGUGCGCGAACACACAUUACCGAAACUUCAGUUGCUUUACUUAUCGUUUAUUUCGUGUCGAAAUGUCCAGCGGAUUGACUCCUGCUGCGGCGCCACAAAUCCUGCAAAGCAACACCGCCUUCACCGGAAAACUCUACAAAGUUUUAUCAAAGAAACCCGGAAAUGUGUUCUUUUCACCGUUCAGUGUUCACAUUGCUCUAGCUAUGUUGCAUCAAGGUGCACGAAAAGACACAGCAAAAAUUUUGGGAGAAGUUCUUGAAAUUCCAGACGCCGAAUCUGCAGCCGAGGGUUACAAAUGGAUCAUAGAUCAGUUGAAAAGUGUCCAAAGUGUUACUCUGCGUAUUGCGAACAAAAUCCACGUCAAACAGGACGAGGAGUUCAUAGAAGAGUUUCAAAAGAGCGUUUGGAACAAUUUCGAUUCAGACCUGGAAUCUCUGGAUUUUGCGAACAGAAGGGAAACCGCAAAGAGUAUUAAUGACUGGGUGGAGGUAAAAACUUCUGGAAAAAUAACAAACGUUGUCAAUGAGAGUUCGAUAAAUUCAAAUACAGCGCUAUUUUUGCUGAACGCGAUUUACUUUAAAGGGAACUGGUUAAACAAAUUUACAAAAACUCUAACUGGAACUGAACCUUUCUAUCUCGAUGAUCAACAAAUAAUACAAGUAGAAAUGAUGAAAGGGACCAAAAGGGUUUGGUACAAAUUCGACAAUGAAUUAAAUGCCACCAUAAUUCGUUUGCCAUAUAAAGGAAACGAAAUCGAAAUGGUGAUAUUUCUUCCAAAAGAGAGAAACGGAAUUAUAAACUUGGAAGACAAAUUGUGGACUGUGGACGUUGAUGAUGUUAUUAAUAAAAAUUUGCGCGGGGUAGAGGCAAAUUUGUGGUUGCCCAAAUUCAAAUUCUCUACUUCUAUGGAUUUAGUGAGUCCUUUACACCAGAUGGGACUCGACAUAAUCUUUGACAAGGAGAAGGUCGAUUUUACAGGCAUGCUUGUACCAAAAUGUGAACGGUUAUCUGUCGAUAAAGUACUUCAGAAGGCAUUCAUCGAUGUUAACGAAGAAGGGUCAGAAGCCGCUGCUGUUACAGUUGUCAGCAUGAUAAGGACAAAGUGUAAUAGAAAGGUGCGUGUUAUUGAUAUUGUUGUAGAUCAUCCUGCCAUUUUCAUGCUUGUAAAACGUGGAACGGAAGACGUCAACAUACUUUUUUGUGGAAGACUUUACCAUCCAGAGUAUUUUUAAGUUGAAGAUUGAGGUUGAAAAGCUAGAUUUGGGCAAAAAACUUGACUGGCGACAAUUUAUGAAAGAGACACUAUUAAUACGUCUUUCUGUCAAAGAGUAAUAAGAAAAGAGGUUAUCGAAUUUUUUGUACCUAAUUCCUCUCGUUACAUAACCGCUGAAAAUAAAUUAUAAUUUUCGAUUAACUAUAAAA